AUGGUUCCAAAACAUACUCCUAACUCGGACAGACCCUCAUACAGCACCACUGAGGGCACCACCCAGGUGGAACUAAAUGAUAAAGUACAGGAUACAUUUACACCUGAGCAGUCGAACACAAGUAGAGAUGAACACCCCUAUCUUUUUCAUGGAAUGAAUCUUGAAGCUAUCUCAUCAGGAUAUAUUGAGGUCCAAGUCCUUGAUUACUACUCACAACUUCUUAAAGCCCAAUUUGGAGCCAAAUAUGGACUUUUACCACCGUCAAUGUUAUACCAACAACAGAUGUCACAGGAAAUACCUGCUAACUGCCAGCAUGUACCAAGGGAUGCUGAUGCUGUACAAAUUCACUACCUACAGGGUCAUUAUGUUGUCAGUGCAAAAAAAGAAAAGUCAAUUACUGUGUAUGAUUCUUUGAAGAAUUCUAGCCGAGUACAAGCAUUACAGCAACAACUAACUAGUAUGUAUGGGAACAUUUGUAACAUGCAGAUAAACUAUGUCGUGAAUCAAACACAGGGUUCAACUCUAGAUUGUGGUGCAUUUGCUGCAGCAAAUGCUUAUAGUCUUAUGAAGAAAAUACCACUGUGUACAAUCACAUAUCUUCAAAGUUCCUUAAGAAAACAUUUGAAAAUGUGUUUAGAAAAUGCCAUUAUAACUGAAUUCCCACUUCAAAAAGGAUGUGAUUUGAACUUGAUUGAAAAUUAUUUCCAUGACCAGGCUCAGAAGACAAAUAAAAAAAAGGCAAUGCAAAAUGAAGAAAUUAUAGUAGAUGCUACCUUUGAUUGCAUACAAAAGAGCAGUUUCAAGGUUAACAACUGCAAACAAAAACAACUAAGAAAUGUUAAAGAUUUAACCAGACAAAAGUGGGCACAACAAAAAAGAAGGACAAGGGAAAAACACAGUAUGGAAAAUUUGCAAAAUUUUAAAAAGAGACGUGCUAUUGAACAGCAAAAAUUUAGAGAAAAGAAAAAAAAAGAGGACCCAGAAAGAGUGAAAAUGAAAUGGAGACAUGAACAACAACAAAAUAGACAAAAGUGCAAAAAUGACAAUCCGGAUGCUGCAAAAUCAAAACGUAGACAAGAACAACAAAAAGUCCGAGAAAAAAACAAAAAUGACAAUCCAGAGGGGGUACUACUGAAAUGGAGACAAGAAAAGCAAAGAAUCAGAAAAAAACACAAAAAUGACAAUCCGGAUGCUGCAAAAUCAAAACGUAGACAAGAACAACAAAAAGUCAGAGAAAAAAACAAAAAUGACAAUCCAGAGGGGGUACUACUGAAAUGGAGACAAGGAAAGCAAAGAAUCAGAAAAAAACACAAAAAUGACAAUCCGGAUGCUGCAAAAUCAAAACGUAGGCAAGAACAACAAAAAGUCAGAGAAAAAAACAAAAAUGACAAUCCAGAGGGGGUACUACUGAAAUGGAGACAAGGAAAACAAAGAAUCAGAGAAAAACACAAAAAUAAUAAUCCAGAGGCAGCAAAAUCAAAACGUAGACAAGAACAACAAAAAAUGAGAAAAAAACGUAGAGAUAAGGACUUAGAAACAGAAAGAAGAAAUCAAGCACAAGCAAAACGAAAAUAUAGAAAAGAUGAAUAUGAUUUGAAAAAAGCCUACAAAAACUUUUGCAAAAAUAUUCAACAAUAUCCAGAAUUCAUUUGUACCUGUUGUAGCAGAAUGCUCUACAAAAGAUCAGUAGUAGCUUUCAAGAAAAAUUCAUUUGAAAGAACGAAUGAAAAUUUGUUGAGCCAGUGUAUAUCUAAUUGUAAAAGUGCUGAGAAUACAGAAUGGCUUUGUAGAACUUGUUCGAACCAUUUAAAACGAAAUAAGUUACCACCACAGUCUGAUGCGAACAAUUUAAAACUGCCAACUAUUCCAGAAGAGCUUCAGGGACUUACAACAUUGGAGGAAAGGCUACUCUCACAACGUUACCCAUUUAUGAAACUUAUCGCUUUGCCCAAGGGCAGACAAAAUGCUGUAAAGGGUGCUGUAGUCAAUAUUCCUGUGGAAGUGCAGACAGUUGCACAAAGUUUGCCACGUACUCCUUCAGAUGCUGGAUUUAUUCCAUUAAAAUUAAAGAGGAAAGUUGAAUAUAAGGGACAUUAUUCUUUCCAAUAUGUAAGACCACUGAGAAUUUUACAAGCUCUGCAGUGGCUCAAAGCAAAUAACAAACUUUAUGAAAAUGUAACCAUAAAUCAAUCAUGGGAAGAAGAUUGUGCAGAUGAUGACAUUGAAGUUUGGAAUGAAUUGACUGGCAAUAUAACAGAGUGUGAAGAUCAGAUCAACAAAGAGGAAGAAGAGAAUGAAGUCACAGGUUCUUCAUCAGAGAGUGAACAGGAAGAUGAGGAAAUUGUUCCAAUAACCAGAGAUGAAUCACAAAAUGUUCAAUUAGAGACUUGCAUACAGCCUUCAGAUUUAUCCAUUGAUGCAAGCAGAAUUAUGUCUAUUGCACCUGGAGAAGGUAAAAAACCUCUUUCUAUACUUCAAGAUACAAAUUUUGAAGAACUCAGCUUCCCGACACUGUUUCCAACUGGACAAUUUGGUUACACUUGUGACAGAGAAGUUAAAUUGUCAGCAAAGAAAUAUUUCCAAAAGAGACUACUUGAAAAAAAUGGCAAAUUUGCAUCAAAUAUUGAGUACCUUUUUGUUGCUCAGUUUGUUUCAGAAUGGAAAGAGAUCAAUGCCUCAAUCUCAGUAGCAUUGAGGAAAUCAAUGAGUAAUCAUGAUGGAGAAGCUUGCAAUGCAGGAUUCUUUAGAAACUCAGAUUAUAUUCGCCCGUUGAUCACCAAAGAUGAUGCCUAUCGUUUUCUUCGCCCUAUUCGUGGAAGUCCUCCUUACUGGCAGAAAGUAAUGUUUGAACUUUUAGCUGCAAUCAAACAGUUUAAGAUAUUUACUUGGUUCCUUACACUGUCUGCAGCAGACAUGAAAUGGGAGGACUCACUUAAAGCCAUAUCAAGACAGCAAGGGAAGGACCUUAGUACCGAAGAACUGGCCCAAAUGACUUGGGAAGAAAGGUGUUCACUUUUAAGAUCAAAUCCUACCACAGCAGCUCGCCACUUUUAUCACAGAGUCCAGUGUUUAUUCACAGAUGUAAUACUAUCUCCAGCGUGUCCUCUUGGCAUCGUGACAAGAUAUUUUUAUCGCAUAGAAUUCCAGCAAAGGGGAUCUCCCCAUGUUCAUUGUGUUCUUUGGAUAGAAAAUGCACCUCAACCAAGUGAUUCAAGCAAAAACAUUUGUGACUUUGUGGAUAACUAUAUCCAGUCAAAUCUUCCAUCAGAUGAUAACGAUCUUAGCCAGUUAGUGAAGGAUCUGCAGACACACAGACAUACUGCAACAUGCACAAAACGUGGAGGGGUUUGUCGAUUUGGAUAUCCAAGGCCAGUGUCUGAACAAAUAGUAAUGUCUCGACCAGAACUUGAAGAAUGUGAUAAAAAUUGUAAGCGUUCUGCUAUUGAGACACUUGGAACUGUGAAACAAUAUCUGCAAGAUCAUGAGUCUGAGCUUGAUACAAUGAGUGUCAAUGAAAUUCUUCAAAAGUGUAAUGUAACUAGUGACAAAUAUUACAAUGCAUUACAAAAUUCAUCUAAAACAGCAACCAUCUUUCUGCGUCGUGCUCCCUCCGAAACAUGCAUAAACAACUAUAACCCUCAUAUUCUAAGACUGUGGAAAGCUAACAUGGAUCUUCAGUAUACAUCAAGUCCAUAUGCAGCCAUAGCUUACAUAACUAGCUAUAUUACUAAAGAUGAGAGGGAAGUUGGAACUGUUUUGCAAGCUGUGAGCCGUGAAAUGAGGAAUCAUGGAAUAAAUGAACAGAUGAAGAAGGUAGCAUAUGCAUUUUCAAAUGCUAGAAAUGUCUCUGCUCAAGAAGCAGCAUAUAGAAUCUUGGGACUUCCUCUGUACAAAUCAAAUUUCUCAACUGUAUGGCUUCCUAGUGGUUUUCCUGAAAACAGAAUCAGAAUCCUAAAGAGAAAGGAACAGUUGGAUGCUUUAGAUGAUGAUGAUGAGGAUGUCUUUGCUACCAACAUCUUGGACAGAUAUUCAGCAAGACCAAAAUCUUUGAAAAAAAUGUGUCUUGCUGAAUUUGGUAUGUGGUAUGAUACAGAUAACAGCAGGAGAGAUAAUCAACCUGACAAUGACCACCUACCAACAGACACAGUUGCAGAAGAAGCCAUUCAAGUUGAUCUAGGAUUGGAUGAAACAACAUGUCAAUCUGAACAAAACUUUGAAAAAUUCAUAACCUUGGAGGGUCUUGGAAAAAUGAAAAAGCGUUGUUCACAGGCAGUGGUCCGGUACCAUCAGUGUUCUCAGUCUGCAAACCCAGAGUUAUACUCCUACAAUCGCAUGCUUCAUUUCAUGCCUUGGUUUGAUGAACAGAGUGACCUAAAAGGUAAAUUCAACACUUUCAGCGAACAUUACGAGUCUGAAAAGAAUGAAAUUGAAAGCACAUUUGCAAGACUGAUGAAAAACGAUGAAAUUGUUACUGAAGCUAUGUCCCAUUUUCAAGACUUUGGUCCUCCUACUCAUGCCUGGGAUGAGAUUGCACCCGAGACUGAGCAUGUAGAGGCACAGCUUGUAGAGGAAGGUUAUGAAUCUGAUGAUACAUAUGCUAUUGUGAAUCCAGAUUCAAAUGUCAAUGCAACAUUCACAGCUUCUACUGAACCCUGUGGUGGAAAUGUUCAAUCAGUACUGGAAGUGGAUCCACAACUUUUGUCAAACACGGAAUAUUAUCAUUUAGUGCAAUCAUUAAAUUUUGAGCAGAGAUGUGCAUUUGAGUACCUUUUGAGAUGGUGUCACCAGCAAAAAGGUCACAUUUCUAAAGUUAUUGAUCCACAGCACAUCUUCAUAACAGGUGGGGCUGGAACUGGAAAGUCUCAUGUAAUAUCUGCAAUAUUCAACAUGGCAAAUCGAGAGUUGAGGGAGGUAGGCACAGAACCAGAUAAACCAAAGAUUAUUUUGACAGCCCCAACAGGAACAGCUGCCUUUAAUAUAAAUGGCUGUACAAUUCAUUCAGCUCUCCAACUUCCAACUAAGAUGAACGACACUUACCAGAAGCUGUCCGAUUCAACUUGUAAUAAAUUAAGAGUACAAAUGGCAUAUUUGAAAAUCUUGAUUAUCGACGAGAUAUCCAUGGUCAGUUCUGGAACAUUCAAUUACAUAGACAAAAGAUUGCAGCAAAUUAAAGAUUCAACUCAACCUUUUGGUGGUAUAACAGUAGUAGCUGUAGGGGACCUUUACCAAUUACGUCCUGUAGGCAAAUAUGUAUUUGAGCUAUCAUCCAAUGUCAUGAUGAGAAUUGCUGGAUCUGUGUGGCAGUCACAUUUCCAUCUGAUGGAACUCUGUCAAAUUAUGCGGCAAAAGGAUGACAGCAACUUUGCAGCUUUACUGAAUAGGGUACGCCAAGGAGAACAAACAGCUGAUGACAUCAAGACUUUACAGGACAGAUGCAUUGAUUCUUCAGAUGAAGACUACAAUAGGAAAGCAUUACACAUAUUUGCCACAAAUCUUCAAACAGAUCAACAUAACGAUGACAGAUUGAGGGAACUUGGUCAGCCAGUUAUUCAGCUUACAAGAAGAGAACGCAGACCAGCUUCUUUAGAAAACUAUACUGUUUCUGAUAAUCCAACUCACACAGGUGGUUUAGUGAAAACAUUACAUCUUUGUGUAGGUGCAAGAGUUAUGGUGAUUCGAAACAUAGAUGUUCAAGAUGGACUUGUCAAUGGAGCUCAAGGGCAGGUCAUAGACUUCCUCCCAAACCUUGAAAAUGUUCAAGCAAUCUUGGUCAAGUUUGACAAACCUAAUAUUGGUGUGACAGCAAGAAACACAUCAACACUCAACUUAAACACUUUUCAAAAGGAUGCAGUCCCCAUUUCAAGAAUAGAUGUUCAAUUCUCAACCUCUUUUAAAAGAACUGGACUUUCAAUUACAUGGACACAAUUCCCUUUAAAACUAGCAUUUGCCUGCACAAUCCAUAAAGUUCAGGGAUUAUCUGUGGAUGAAUUGGUAGUAUCCUUUAAGAAGAGAUUCUCUGGUGGUCAGGCUUAUGUUGCAUUAAGUAGAUGUAGAUCGAUUCAGGGCCUUCAAAUUCUAGAUUUUGACCCCCAAAAAAUCCUGCAAAAUUCUUCAGUCAAAUGUGAGAUGAUUAGACUGAGAGAUGAUGUUAGAUUGCCAAGCCCAUACAUUUUUAUGCAUAACCCAUUGACAUGCAGAGUAUGGACAAUAAGUUUACUAAAUGCAAGGUCACUGCGUUUACAUUUCAGUGAUGUGCUCAAGGACCCUAUUACCAAAUCUUCAGAUUUACUGAUGUACACAGAGACCCAUAUUUCCAACAUUCAAGCUGAUGUGGUCAACUUCUUGGAUUAUGAUCAUGAGAUGGUUCAAAAAGACACAGAAAAACAUCGACAUGGACUAGCAUGCUUCUGGCACAAUCCACUCAGUUGUGAAAGAAAGUCCGUAUUUGAAGGACAACAUAUUGAGACAUUACAGAUGAAAUUUGAGGGGCUCAUACUAAUUCUUUUGUACAGGUCGCCAUCAGUGUCUCUUAGUGUCUUCAUAAAUGAUCUAAACAAUCUGCUCAGCUCAUUGCAAGUGUGUGAAAGAACAGUAAUUCUAGGAGAUUUUAAUGUGGAUGCCAUAGGACCUAAUUAUGCUCAGCUAUCAGAACUUAUGGGAAGAUAUAACUUUACCAAUGUCAAUUCUGUUAAAACGCAUAUCCAGGGUUCAUGUUUAGAUCAUGUAUAUCUAUCAUUAGACUUGCUAAACACAUACCAUGCCUGCUAUGCACAUCCAACAUAUUACUCUGACCACUAUUAUGUCACUCUGCAACUAGAGAGAUCAUCUGAAUAA